GCUGAAGAAAGAAAACAAAUAAAUAAAUCAAUUGGAAACCCUUUCUACUGAACAGAAGAGGAUAAACAAUUACAAAAGUUCCCAAAAUCAGAAGAUCAUCAACUCAGUCUGACCCUCCAAAAUGUGGCUCCAGGUGUUGUUCUUGAGUCUGUCCUGCUUUAGUUCCGUCACACUGAGUCAGGCCCAAGACCGAGCCUCCCUCCGCCAUAGCAACGACCACGCCGGGCGCUGCCACUACACCUUCACCGUGGCCAGCCCUCAGGAGUCCAGCUGCCCUGAGAGAAGCAUGAAACCAGAGAUGGAUGGAGUCCUGUCCCGGGUCACCCUACUGGAGGCUUUGGUCAGCCGUCUAAUAGCGGGCAUGGAUGGAGGCGCCAGGACUGGGGUCGGUUCUAACGGUGGAGAGGGUCUCCAAGAAGCUUAUUCCCAGGUGACGAGGGAAAGAAACCAGCUUCAGAAGGACAAGGAGCAUCUGAGCGGCCAGGCCCAGGAGCUGCAGAGGAGGCUGGCCGAGCUGAGCCGGGAGGCAGAGAGCCUCAGAGAGACACCCUGCCAGCACACACACACCUCAGGAGGGACCCAGCAUGAAAAAAACACACCUGCUAGUGACCCUACAGAUUUGGGGAAUGGUGCAUAUCAGGAGAUGAAGGCAGAGGUUACUGAGGUUCCAGCAUCCCAUCUCAUUCCUAAUGGAAAUCACACUUUCACAGGCUGUGGGGAGCUGCAGUCAGUGGGAGAUCCUGUGUUGCACAGGAAGGCCGACACUAUGACAGGGAAGUAUGGAGUGUGGAUGCAGGAUCCGGAGCCUCAGGGCCCCCACUACGACAACAAGACUGUGUGGCGUAUGGACACAGUGGGUAAAGAUGUCCGUCAGCUCUUUGCAUAUGAAGACAUGGAGCAGUUAUCCCAAGGCUUCCCUAUGAAGGUCCUGGUCCUGCCUGACCCUAUGGAGAGCACGGGGGCAACCAUCUACCGUGGCUCUCUUUACUACCAACGAAAACGCAGCCGCACCCUGAUCCGCUACGACCUGACCUCUGAGAGCCUCGCUUCACGCCGGGAGCUGCCUCACGCCGGCUUCCACGGCCAGCACCCUUACUCCUGGGGCGGCUACACCGACAUCGACCUGGCGGCGGACGAACAGGGACUGUGGGCAAUCUACAGCACCAGCAAGGCCAAGGGUGCGAUUGUGAUUUCCCAGCUGGACCCCAAGAGCCUGGAGGUGAAGAAGAGCUGGGAGACCAACAUCAGGAAGAACACGGUGGCCAACGCUUUCAUGGUGUGUGGACGGUUGUACACGGUGGCCAGCUACACUGCAGCCAACACCACCGUCAACUAUGUGUUUGACACAGCCACCGGGGCGGGGCGGGCUGUUGCUGUGCCUUUCAAGAACAAGUACCGCUACAACAGCAUGGUGGACUACAACCACGCCCAGAGGAAGCUGUUCGCCUGGGACAACUUCCACAUGGUCACCUAUGACGUCAGACUGGGCAGGGCGAGCCGCAGCUAA